CUUUGGAUGAGGACCCUAAUCGUCCUCCUGUCUAGGUCUGGGCGCCCUGGCAGUAUCCCAGCCCACAUACAACCAUGACAUUUUCUUCAAACAUAAACUUCAUCCUGCAUCGGCCGUCGCGCAGAUUAUCAAGGGUCGCCUUAUCUGCUGCAUAUAGCAGGGCGGAUAAGCGAAAACAUGCUACUGCUGGCGCCUCCCUUCUUCCUUUUCCACCUUUUUCUCUUACUCCCAUCCCGGCCCCCAUUACUAACCUUCCUUCUAUAAUUCCCAGCUUAAUUGACAGCAACCGAAGUGCCACUGGAGUAGAACCAUCUGCAGCCACCAUCCCACCGCACCUAUCGGACGCCUAUCGGCAAAAGUCCCUUAUAAGGCCACGCUAUCCCGUUUCCAUGGCGACAUUCAACGUCCGCACUCUAAGACAAACAGGUCAGCAGGCUGCACUCGCACGCACCUUGGACACACUGGGUGUUGAUGUGUGUUGUGUGUCCGAAACUAGGAUUAAUGACCCUAACGGGGUUAUUGAAUUGACUGCACCCGGCUUAUCCUCUCGUUAUUGGUUGCACGCAUCCGGAGACGCCGAUGCGGCACUCACGGGUCAAGCUGGUGUAGGUAUCAUUCUCAGCUCCAAGGCUGAGUCAUCGUUGGUUGAUUGGAUUCCGGUGAACAGCCGUUUAUGUGCAGCCCGUUUGACGACAUCAGCUAAGGUGAAUUCGCGAAGUAAAACAAAACGCUGUUUGUUUGUGAUUUCCGCUUAUGCUCCCACCGACUGCAGUUCUAAUGCAGUCAAGGACACUUUCUAUCACGAACUGAACGCGCUACUACGCAGUGCUACUAGUUCAG